CAGGGUGAGGAGAGGAGGAGCAGGAGGGGGCCCCGGGUCACGAGGCCCCGGACUGCCGGAAAGGGCUCUCUCCUCCAUCCCCAUCAGCCCGGACACUUGGGCAGGGGGGUUUCAACGCGGGAGGCGAAGCCCAGGCGAUACUGGAGGCUGCUGCUCCCCUGCCUCAGUUUCCCCUCUUCGUGCAUCUGGGUACCUCACUCCCAGCGGCGCGCUGAUUCGGGUCCUCAGAGGCCCUGGGCCACUCCAGUGCCUGGGAGGACGUAAGGUGAGGCCCUGAGGGGUGACGGCCCUGUCCGUCGCUGGCCAGGGGGCGGAGCCGUGAGGCCCCGACUCCGCGCUCUCCGCCCGCCCGCUCUCCGCCCGCCGUUUCCUCCGGGGUCAGCCCGGCUCCUUAUCAGGCGCGGCCAGUCGGCCAGACCCUUAUCUGUGCCGGCCCAGCAUCCUCCGGCGCGGACGGGGGUGAGAGGGAGGAAACUGGGCCGCUGGGGGCGGGGAGAGGGCGGGCCGGCCCGGAGUAGCUCACUUUCCCUCGAGGGAUCCACGCCGCCAUCGACGGGGCUCCAGCGAUCCCGGGAAGAGGCGCGGCCCGACGUCGCUGCCGGGAGGGGGCGGCAAGCUCCCAGCGGCCCAGAGCGCCAGACCGGAUCGGGGCCACGGAGCCUGGCCUGAAGCCGGACCGCAUCCUGGCCCUGCAGGACAGCGCCAGGGCUCUGACCAGGCAGCAGGACCAGCGCCGGGGUGAACACUCCCUCGGGGUCCAUGUGCCCGCCCCAGGCCCAGGCAGAGGUGGGCCCCACCAUGACUGAGAAGGCGGAAAUGGUGUGUGCCCCCAGCCCAGCGCCCGCUCUGCCCCCCAAGCCUACCUCACCUGGGCCCCCAGAGGUGAAGGAGUUUGGCUGCCGAGGCUCCUCCCCACCCAGGCUGCCCCCUGGCGUGCCAGUGAUCAGCCUGGGCCAUGCCAGGCCUCCGGGCGCAGCCAUGGCCACCACGGAGCUGAGCACCCUUCGGCCCCCCGUGCUGCAACUCUCCACCCUGGGCACUGUCCCACCCCCCCUGGCCCUGCAUUACCACCCUCACCCCUUUCUCAACAGCCUCUACAUUGGGCCGGCAGGACCUUUUGGCAUCUUCCCCAGUAGCCGGCUGAAGCGGAGACCCAGCCACUGUGAGCUGGAGCUGGCCGAGGGGCACCAGCCCCAGAAGGUGGCCCGGCGCGUGUUCACCAACAGCCGGGAGCGCUGGCGGCAGCAGAACGUGAACGGCGCCUUCGCAGAGCUCAGGAAGCUGCUGCCAACGCACCCGCCCGACCGGAAGCUGAGCAAGAACGAGGUGCUCCGCCUGGCCAUGAAGUACAUCGGCUUCCUGGUGCGGCUGCUGCGCGACCAGGCGGCCGCUCUGGCCGCAGGCCCCGCCCCGCCCGGGCCCAGCAGACGGUCGGCGCACCGAGGCCCAAAGCGCGGCGUCCGCUCCGCCAGCACGGGGGUGAGAACAAGGCACUAG